UAUUCAAUGUAAUAGAGAGUCAGUAUCAAGGAUCUUUAUAUCUUAGCUACUCAAAGUUCUAUGAUAUCAUUUUAAAGUGUUUUUUUGAAUCAAACACAAGAUCCACCUUUGAAAUUUUUAAGGCUUAAUUGUCUAAAUUUAAAUGAAUAGUUAAAACUUAGAGAUUAGCUUUAAAAUUCAACUGUUUUGUCAAUUAAAAUUAAUUUAUUUGAAUAAGAAGUAAAUACACAAGAAUUUGAUAAAUUAUUGUCAUUAUUAGGAGAUUUUGCAAUAGUAAGAGAUCUUGAAGUUAUAUUAAAUAAGUAUCUCUAUUUUAUAAUUAAAUUAAUUAGGGCAAAGUUUGUUAAUAUUAGUAGUAUAUUUUGUAGUUUAGCAUCAAUUAAAUCUGUGAUAAAUUUGAACUUAGAUUUAAAGGGGAUAUAAAUGGAUUAAAAUGAUAUCAUUUAUGGAAUAUAAAUAAUAAAAUAAUUAAAUUAGAUUAAGCGUUUAACAUUAGAUUGUUCAAGUAUGGAUUUUAUCAAUUUUUUGAAAGCAGAAUUAGAUGAUAAAAUAAGAAUGAUUUGUUAUCAUGAAUCAUAAUUAAUUUGA